GAAUCACCAUGCCGACCCUUGUUGAUGCUCCCGAUGCUCCGGAUGCAGCCGAAGAAGUCCCCAGCAGUGCUAGCAAAUCCAAGGCUGGAAAACGAAGGACCAAUUCUCCCACUGUGCCAAGUGAUGCUGCCUCCUCGUCGUCUCAAGCCAUUGCUGCUGCCAAUUUGGCCGCGGCGGUGCAAAUGGCUGCCUCCUUGCAAUUGAAUGGUCUCUUGUCACUCUUGACACAGUCAUCGGCGCCCGGUGUUGCCGCUUCGGCAGCGGAUCCGACUGUCUUGCAGGCAACGGCCCUGUCGGCAUCUCUCUCCUCCUCGUCGUGGCAAAUUCCCACACCUGAACAAGCCAAACAAGCUGCGUUAAAGGCCGCCCAAGAAAGUCCUCCCUUUGUUCAUUUGAGCAAGAGUGAUUCGGCACCGCAACUCAAAAUUGUCGAUCAAGAUCGAUUGACUCUCAAGGGUGGAAUGCGAGGUUAUCGUAUGUCGCGUGCCACUCAUGGAGUCUCACAGGGAUGUUACUACUUUGAAGCACUCGUAUUGGAUCCACCCACCAUUCAAGAAAUUGUGGCCAGUUUGCCACCCAAUGCUCGAUUGGGAUCGUCUUUGCAACGACAAAUUCAACAGGCGUUGGAAUAUGAAAAACAACAUCCCGCGGGCGAGGGUAAAAAACGCAAAGCGGAAGAAACCGUACCCCCCGAUUCUUCUACCAAAAAAUCCAAAAGUACCAUUCCUCCCAAACCACAAGUCGGAGGUCAUUUACGAAUUGGUUGGAGUAUGCGCACGGGAGAUUUGCAAGCACCCGUGGGAUAUGACAAGUGGUCCUAUGGAUUUCGCAAUAUAUCCGGAUCCAAAAUUCAUCAAUCGCGACGAGAAGACAAUUGGGGUGGAGAACCCUGGGGACCAGGAGACGUCGUGGGAUGUGCCAUUUUUCUCGAUACCACUGCUGCAGCGGCCGCCAAUCCGGAUGGCAGCAACAACAACAACAAUAAUCACAUUCGAUUUUUCAAAAAUGGAGAACCCAUGGGACACUUUUUCAUUACCAAGGGAAAACGAGAGGGUGGGGCGGCAUUUGAAAAUAUUCAACCCGGUACAUACUAUCCUGCCGUUUCCUCCUAUCUUGGUGGAUCGGUCCAAGUCAAUUUUGGACCCCAUUUCAUUCAUCCUCCUCGCAAAUUGCCGCACGGCAUGUCGGGCAAGUUGCAACCCGUCUCCUCGGUCGAAGUGGCGCCCCUCUCUCGCGACGAAUUGUUGGCGCGACUCAAGAAAAAGAAUAUCUUCUCCAAAGUGGGCAAGGAAUCCCCCGAUGCCAAAGUGCAGGCAUUCAAAGAAGCCAUCUUGGCCGAAUCGCAAGUCUUGCAGGAAUCCUACAAACAACAUCGACGCAAGCAUUUGGAAUUUGUCAUGGCUACCAGGCAAGCACGGAAUUUGAAUGUUAGCGAUUUACAACAAGAAUUGGACCAGUUGGACGAGGGAGAAAAGGACGAGACCAAGAAAAAUACCAAGGAAGAAGAGACCGCUCCUAUGGAAUUGGACGACAAGAAACAAGAAGAAGAAAAGGAGAAAGCAGCACCCGUGGCUCCUGCUGAUGUCGCCAAAGAAGAAGCCAAAGAGGAAGCGUCUGCUCCGGAUUGCUCGGGCGACCAAUAG